CUUCACUUUCCGGAAUUCUGCGGGUUGUACGAUAUGGUUUAACAGACAGGAAAUAUCCUUACCUGUGGCGGGAAAUAAAAAUGUAAACAUCACCGCGAAGACGUCAACUUCUAGGCCUAACAAUAUUCCAAGUCAUGGCAUCGGCUGCAGAUGAAGAGAUUUGGAUACAAGAAGAAAUAGAAAAUCAUCAAAUUCAGAUCAAUGCAGGCUCUGUGGAGUUGGGGGAGAUUUCCAAGAAAGAUUUAAAAGACAAAGUUUCCCAUGGACUUGAUGAUUUGUUUGAGCAGACCAUGUACAAGGAAAGAGUAAACCUUGUCAGAAAGAGACUGGAAAGGAGUGAGGCCAUUAUAUCAGAGCUGUUCAAUCAACCAGAAAGAGGGGGAGGGGAUGUUCUAUUCCAUACACCAGAACAGGCGUAUCUGGAAAACUUGUUGGAGAGACAGUGCACACUUGUGUCCGAUAUCAUGAGAACUCUUAAGGAUUGCACAAAAUAUCAAGAAGAACUUGACCAUGUGAAGAAAGAAAACAGAGAUAUAUUGGUAGAAAACAGACAAUUGCUCAAAGAAUUAAAAGAGAAGCAAGAAAAUACAAAAAAGAUCAAUGAUCAAGAAACUCAGAGUCUGUGUGAGGAGUUGGACCAGCAGCUGAAAAUGAUUUCUAUCACACGUGCUAUUCUACAGGGACUGAUCGUGGGCAGUGGAGUUCACUGGGCUGAGAACCAGCAGCUCCAAGAACUGGUGCUCAAGCUCGGGGAAGUCCUCCAAAUAUAAAACCAACAGAAUAAUUACUGACAGUUGAAAUUCCAGAAGAACCCCCCCCCCCCCCCCCCCCCCGAAUGCUUGAGGAAGUAUUCAUUAAAGGACAUUGUGAGAAUGAAUCUGAAUAUCCCAGUGUUGUCCUUUGAUGUCAAUGUAAACAUUUACUUGUAGCAGUGUUUACUCACGCUUUGCAAUUAGCGAAUCAAUAUCAGAUUGAUCUAUAGACUGCAGGCAUGCCGAAAAUGGCAUUAAUAACAAAGACAUUACAGUUCUGUGGUAUGACCCUGAAAAUUUUAUUGCAAUCAUAAUACAUGUAUCAAUAUUUGUUCUUUAUAUAAUUUACAACUUUUCUUUUUAUAUUGGAGCUCCAAGAACCUUUAAUUCAUAUAUUGUUAUUCUCCCAAAAAAAUCUGUACUAUUAUUAAAUAUUAUUUUAAAUUUCUUCAGGGAUGCAACUUUGGGUAGUUUGAAGCUGUAACCUUGUUAAGGAGUGUAAAUUUUGGACAUUGACAAUUAAUUUUUGACACAAGAUUCCUUUAAGUCUUAACUAUUGGAUGAAAUGAUGUGGCUUAUUGAGACUUUUUAUCAUGUUUUGACUUUGUGCAAUAUUUGUACGUCACUUAAGUUUUAUCAAUUGAUGUCAUACUGAUAGAUCGUAUCAAUUUAAUUAAAAUUACAACUUCCAUCUACUCCCAAGUUUACAAUACGUUGCUUUACUUAUACAGCCUAUCCUCUCUGUGUUAAGUUUUAGUUUCAUUUGAUAAAAUUUGUGAAUGAUAUCUUUCCCCUCAGCUGUCUUUUUGUAUUAUAUGAAAGAAAGUUUAAAUAUAAUGCAUGCAUUACUAAAUGGAUGUUUUCCGUGUUGUUAUGGACUGCAUCAUUUUUGUUUUCUUUCACAUUGAACACCUUAGUCAUUCUCCAUAUGACAAUAAAAAAGCAGGGAAGUUCUAAACACUCGCCUAAAAAAUUGAGACAUGUGACUUCAUUGGUUAACUGAUUUGUCACUCUGAUGUGACCCUUAUUGGAAUUCUGUUGGAUAUUAAAAUGUGGGAGUGGAUGAGAGUUCUAAUUUUAAUUAGAUUGAAAUCAUAUGUUUUGUAAAUAUGGUGAAACUUAAAGUAAAAGAAUUAAUCUGACAAUGAAAAAUA